AAGAAAACAAUGUAAUCAGAUUUCAACUGGCAACAAUAAUACAAGUCAAUUUCCAGAACAAGAAAACUUUAAGCUGGGAAAGAUAGUUGAUAAUACUUUGGAUUUAGGAAAAGAAUUACAGCCUAAAAGUACACAAAGCUCUGUGUUGAAUAAUCCCAUUCUUAAUACAAUAAAUUCUCAGCGUUUUAAAGAUAAGAAUAACGAAAAUUUUAAAAGUCCUGUUCGAAAAAAAAUUAAAUUAGACGAUAAUAGUAAAUGUAUAACUUCUGAAAAUGAAAGAUAUCCAGUACAAAUUUUUCAAAUUAGUCCAAAUAUAUACUAUAGUAGUACAUCUAAUCAUUUUAAACCCCUAAAACAAUAUGAUGGAGUAUUAAACUCUGAUAAGGCGAUAAAUGAUCAAAGUGAUAAUAUAAAAUAUCGAGAGAUUAUAAUACAUAAAGAUAAAAAAGAUUUGAUGAAUAAGCUUAAUGAUUAUUAUGCUAAACAAUUUAAUAGAUAUCUGAUUUAUAAAAAAAAUUUAAAUUACAAUUCUGCAUUUCAAAAUGAAAAAGUACAAUUUAAUAAUCAACAGUCGACAAAUUUAGAUUUAUUUUUGGAUUUUUAUAGAGAGGCUCUAAUUCGAUUAAAAUUUUCAUUUAACAAAGCCAAAAAUGAGAAAAUUUCGAUUUCAAAAAAAGUUAUCUUUUUUGGAAAAAUAGACAAAGAAUUUAUAUCUAAGUUAAUAGAAACCAAAAAACUUUACUGUUGGCGAAAAAAAAGCUUAAACAAAAGUAUUGAAAUUCAAAUAAGAAAUAUUGAAAACAGUUUUUUUUUUAAAGAAUCUUCGUGUGAGUCUAUAAAAGAAUUAAUAGUAGAAUGCAAUAUGUUUAUAAAAGAAGUGGUAAAGUAUUUUAUGUCUUUUAAUUUGACUUUUUAUCUUACAAAGGGAAAUUUAAAAUUUAUUUAUAAUGAAUGUGAAGUUAUCACACAAAAACAUACAAAUAUUUCACAAGCUGUACAAAUGGAAUCUAUUUUUGCAAUUAUAAAAAUGCUAAUUGGGAGAUUAGAGCGAUCUCAGGAUUUUUUAGGUAAGAUAAAUCGUAAUUUAAAAAUGUUUUUUAAUUCUGUGACAUAUUUGUCUACAGAUAUUAAAUGGUUAAUUUCCCCUUUAAAAGACAUUAUGGAUAGUAUUGAUAAAAAAUAUGAAUCUAGUGAAUCUAACUAA